UACAGUUGGUGCCGUCAGAGCUUUGAUCAAGAUACUCACCUUGAUUACCGUCUCGUAUAAAAGGGAGUCACGCCACACACUGUGGUGGCAACAGAGGCACACCGAACAAACCAUGAAGCCCGGAGACCAGGCUCCCGAAUUUUCUGGCGUCGCUAUUAUCAAAAACGAGAUCAAAAAUAUUCACAUCAAUGACUACAGAGGAAAGUACUGUAUUCUCUUUUUCUACCCUCUCGAUUUCACUUUUGUGUGUCCCACUGAGAUUCUGGCAUUCAACGACCGCCUAGAUGAAUUCAGAAAGAUUGGCUGUGAAGUUGUUGCCUGUUCCACGGAUUCCCACUUCUCCCAUUUAGCUUGGUGCAACUUGGAGCGUGAGAAGGGAGGUCUAGGCAAACUCGACCUGCCCCUACUCGCCGACAAGAGCAUGAACAUAGCUCACAACUACGGUGUUCUUGACAGAAAAUCUGGCACUGCUUUCAGGGGUCUCUUUAUCAUAAGCCCAGAUGGCAAGAUUCGAAGCAUGCUGAUCAACGACAACCAGGUUGGUAGGUCUGUGGACGAAACUCUUCGUCUUGUGGAAGCUUUCAAGUUCACUGACGAGCACGGAGAAGUUUGUCCAGCCAACUGGCGUCCCGGCAAAAAGGCCAUCAAGGUGCCACAGAUGGCUACGCUUGGUAAGCCCGCGCCUACGUUCACGUGCAAAGCCGUUAUCAACGGUGAGAUCAAGGAAAUCUCCUUGUCGGAUUAUCACGGGAAAUAUGUGAUCUUGUUCUUCUACCCUAUGGACUUCACCUUCGUUUGUCCAACCGAGAUCAUCGCCUUCAAUGAUCGUGCUGAUGAGUUCCGCAAGCAUGGAUGUGAACUCCUUGCCUGCUCGACUGACUCUGUUUACACCCACUUGGCAUGGUGCAAUACGAGCCGAAAGGAGGGUGGCAUUCAGGGCAUGAAGAUCCCCAUUAUCGCUGACAAGAACCACUCAAUUUCUCGCGACUAUGGAGUCCUCAUUGAGGAGCAAGGUAUUGCGUAUCGUGGGCUCUUUAUUAUCGAUGGCAAGGGCAUUUUGCGCCAAAUUACCAUUAACGAUCUGCCCGUUGGCCGCUCUGUGGACGAGGCCUUGCGUCUCGUGGACGCCUUCCGCUUUACGGACGAGCAUGGCGAGGUCUGCCCCGCGAACUGGCGUCCCGGGUCUAAGGCCUUCAAACCAACUGCCGGUGACUUGAAGUCGUUCAUGAGCGAUGGCGCCCAGUAG